UUUUACGAGUAGCACCAGGAAAUACCUGUUGGAUAAUUUGUCCUGAAUCACAAACAGAAAUAGAGAUUGAAGUCUCAGCAGGUCGUAUAAAGUUUGUAGAUUUUCCUAUUAGUGCAGACACUAAUCAAAAUAUAAGUAACAAAGAGAAAACAAGGUGCAAAACGGACAUUUCAAGUGAUACUGAUAGUGAUAGUGUUGAGGAUGAGGCAGCAAUUCAUAAUGCAAAUAAUAAUACACUAUGA